UCUGAGUACAACGGCAACCCUGCACACCGGCUGCAAAUUGUAAACAAAUAAAUUCGCCCAAACAACUUGGAUAAGCAUGCCGCCGUAUCAGCGCUGCGGGGAGAUAGUCUGCCUGUGGAAGCGGCAGACAAAGGCAUUCGCCUUCCAGUGCAUCUACUGCCGGGAUGAGGAGCAAAGCAGGACACUCAAAGACUUUAAGUCGCAUCUGGAAUCGAAACACGCGGCUCUGUUUGAAGAUCAGGAGGCUGCGCAGACAGCCAGCACGGAGCCGGCCGUCGAGCAAGCUUUGGCCACUGACACAAAUGAUGCGCCUGUGGAGUGCUUUGAGCCAGAGACAAUGUUGGACUGGCCCAGCCAGAGCAGCAUCUCCCAGGAGUCCUCCCAGGAAGCGGCAGAUUUGCAGCCAACCGGCACAGACACCUCGCACUUCUGGCUGCAGGAGCACCCCAUCAUGCUGGCAUUCAUCGGGCAGGUGGAGGAGCAGCGUCUGCUCUGGGACUUGGGUAUGCUGGCCUACCGCAACUACAAGCGUCGAAGCGAAGCCUGCGCCACUAUCGCUGAGCGGCUGAACGCGCAGUUUGAUCUACAGCUAACGGGCGAAGAGGUGGCCGGUCACACGAAGCGGCUGCAGGAUGUCUAUCGGCGGGAGAGGCAGCGUCUGGAAAGGGAUUCGCCCACGGCCCCACACUGGUACUACGCAAAGUUGGGCUUCCUGGCGAAGAGUUUGCGGCGCAAGCGGCAUCCCAAGAUGUCCAUGUCCGUGCCGGUGCCCCAUCUGAGCCAUCAGCAGUGCCUGAAACUCAUUGAGAUCUAUCGGCAGUGCAGCGGCAACUGGGACAUGCAGGAUUUGUCCUGCCGCCUGCGUCACGUACGAGACGCGGCCAAGGAGAAGCUGCUGGCGCUGUGUCGCACCGAGCUGCAGAUACCCCUGCUGGAGCCCUCGCUGCUGCAGCGUUACACCCGAAAUCUGCGCACCGCCUACCAGCAGGAGAAGUUGCGACGCAUCCAGUGCGAGCGUCAGGGCGCUGCCGGUGUGGUAUUCACGCCCCGUUGCCGCUACUACGAGCAGCUGCGUUUCCUCGAGCCACAUGUGGCUCCCUUUCAGUGUGAUCUGUGCGAGCAGCUGCUGAACAGUGUGGACGGCUACAAGGUGCAUCGGGCCGAGCACGACGGCAGCCAGCCGUUCGUGUGCCCCAUCUGCGACAGGGGCUUCUCGCGCAGCGGCAACUGCACGAUCCACCUGCGACGGCAUACGCACGACUAUCAGCUGGGCUGCGAGGAGUGUGGCAAGCGAUUCGCCACCACCUCGGACCUGCAGGUCCACCAACGCUCGCACACCGGCGAGAGACCCUUCUGCUGUGACACCUGCGGCAAGCGCUUCAGCACGAAGUCCUUCUUCGAGCGCCAUCGCCGGCGGCACGAGCAGCGGCCCCGCGGCAAGUGUCACAUCUGCGGCAAGAGCUUCUUCGAGCAGUCCGUGCUGAAUGACCACAUCAAGGGGCAUCUGAAUGUGCGCGACAAGGAGUGCGACAUCUGCCACAAGACCUUCACCAGCUGCAAGUAUCUGCGCCAGCACAAGGAGAUCCAUAAUCCCCAAAAGCGUUACAGCUGCAAAAUAUGUGCCAAGAGCUUUGCCCAAUACGCCGGACUUAGUGGCCACAUGAAGUCACAUGGCCGUGCAGCAAAACUAUGCUAG